CAUGUAUGUUACGCAAAGUGCCUCUACACUCACCAGCGUAGCAUAAACGCGGCCUCUGGAAGACACGUGGCCAGUCUCGUUCACUUUCGCUUUCGCAUCAUAAACCGCAGCGACUCCAGAAUCAGCGUUUCAUCAUUCUUCCCCUCUCCUCUCCUAUCAUAUCUUCAUUUUCAUUCAGGUACAGAUUUCAGAAGAUUUUGAGGAACCUGGAGGAUUCAACCCUACAGAGACAGUGAAUGAACCUACAUAGGAAUACCAAUGUGAAUCUAUUUAUACAAGGUUUUAUCUUCAAUCUUCAAUGGAGAACAAAUCAAAUAAAAUGCUGCAUGAUAAUAAGGAGGGCAUUCAAGUUGACAACACAUCGACUAACACCAAUCAUCCAGAGAUUGGUGUGGACAAAGGUGUUUUGAAGAAUUUUACAAGAUCUUCAGGGGAUGUUGCAGAGACAAAGAUAGCAGCUGAUUGGAAAGGUGGAGAGAAUUGUCCAAAGGGUACACGUCCUGAGGAAAUUGAUGCAUCUGGGGAUGUAAACAUGGAGGCAUCCAUAACACCUGAUGAUGUUAUUCGGGCUGGAGGAUUUGGUGCAAGAGAUGAUAUCAGUAGCUUUCUUCCUGUUGCAAGUGAUUCUACCGACUUCGAAGCUUCAAUCCGAGAUGCGCGUGAUUAUGAAGAACCACAGGGUCAAGUAAGCAGGCCAGGCCUUGGCUGGACUGGUGCUACUAAGGGGGAGUGAAUGUUGUUGCUGCUAUGUGCUCUAGUAUUAGCAAUUUUUUGUUGUUUUUAGCUGGGAGGACCAUGUGUUUCUGGCUAAUAUUAGCUGGUACAUUUUAAAAUCAAAGCCAUAUAUGAUGUUGAAGAAAAUUUUGUUAGUAAUAUCACUAAAUGAUUUUCUUGUACAAAUAGUUGAUCCGUUGCCUAGUGGUUGGCUUGUCUUUGUUAAGUGGGAUGUUAUAUGUAAAAAUUUCGUUUCCUAAGAACUUAUCCUUAAAAGUUUUUUGAA